AUGCACCAGACACUAACGAUGCUGCAAUCACAUGACUCGCACGUGACCCCAACAGGCGGUGUGGCCGGGUGUUGUGGGCAUCGACCAAUCAACGCCGAGCGACGCGACCCAAAGCAAAUCAACAACGAACUCCCUCAGCACAGACGCCCUCCUCCACAACAUUUCUGCUUCUUCGACGACUCCAUUCCUCCCAUUUUUGUCGGUCAGGCCGGUUGCCAGAUCGCCAACUCCUGCUGGGAGCUUUACUGUCUGGAGCACGGUAUCCAGCCCGAUGGAUAUCUUACCGAUGAGCGCAAGAAGGCCGAUCCCGACCACGGUUUCAGCACUUUCUUCUCCGAGACUGGCCAGGGUCGUUACGUUCCCCGUACCAUCUAUGCCGAUCUCGAGCCCAACGUCGUCGAUGAGGUCCGCACCGGUACCUACCGUUCUCUUUUCCACCCCGAGCAGAUGAUCACUGGCAAGGAGGAUGCUUCAAACAACUAUGCCCGUGGUCACUACACCGUUGGCAAGGAGAUGAUCGACCAGGUUCUCGACAAGGUUCGCCGUGUUGCCGACUCCUGUGCCGGUCUCCAGGGUUUCCUGGUCUUCCACUCCUUCGGUGGUGGUACCGGUUCCGGUUUCGGUGCUCUCCUGAUGGAGCGUCUGUCCGUCGACUACGGCAAGAAGUCCAAGCUGGAGUUCUGUAACGCCACCUCCGUUGUUGAGCCCUACAACUCCAUCCUGACCACUCACACCACUCUGGAGCACUCCGACUGCUCCUUCAUGGUCGACAACGAGGCCAUCUACGAUAUCUGCCGCCGUAACCUCGGCAUUGAGCGCCCCAGCUACGAGAACCUGAACCGCCUGAUCGCCCAGGUCGUUUCUUCCAUCACUGCUUCCCUCCGUUUCGAUGGCUCCCUGAACGUCGACCUGAACGAGUUCCAGACUAACCUGGUCCCCUACCCCCGUAUUCACUUCCCUCUGGUCGCCUACUCUCCCGUCAUCUCCGCCGACAAGGCUUCCCACGAGGCCCACUCGGUCACCGAGAUCACCUCCAACUGCUUCGAGCCCAACAACCAGAUGGUCAAGUGUGACCCCCGCAACGGAAAGUACAUGGCUACCUGCCUGCUGUACCGUGGUGACGUUGUCCCCAAGGACGCCCACGGCGCUGUUGCCACCCUCAAGACCAAGCGCACUAUCCAGUUCGUCGACUGGUGCCCAACUGGUUUCAAGCUCGGUAUCUGCUACCAGCCCCCCCCCAGCAGGUCCCCAACGGCGACCUUGCCAACCUCAGCCGCGCUCUGCAUGCUGUCCAACACCACCGCCAUCGCCGAGGCCUGGUCCGCUCUCGACCACAAGUUCGAUCUCAUGUACUCCAAGCGUGCCUUCGUCCACUGGUAUGUUGGUGAGGGUAUGGAGGAGGGUGAGUUCUCCGAGGCUCGUGAGGAUCUCGCUGCUCUGGAGCGCGAUUACGAGGAGGUUGCCAGCGACUCCCUCGAGGAGGAGGAGGAGCUUGAGCCCGAGUACUAG